AUGAAAACAAACACCCGAAAUGGCAUCUCAAUUGUGCUACCAAUGCCAUUGGAGCACUCUCUGAUACAAGUCGUGGGCAUAACCAAUUCAGGGGCUUAUCUUGAAGCUGCCUCUAAUGUGAUACCUUUUGCCUCCCCUGCUCGCUCUGUUUUCAUUCGGAACCCAGCUUCACCACUCUAUCUCACUGUGGCCACCCUGAUGGAGAAGAUUACUGGGGCCCCUCUCUGCAGGUUCACUCCGGGAAUGUUUUGGGGCCGAGAUUUCAGAUACGUGGGGCCUGCAUUGCCUGUUGAUCAAUCAAAUGAUCGGCUGAUGGGGGAGUUUUGCCAUCGCACAGUGAGUACUAUAUGGCACUACCAUGGUGGAUGCCUUGUGGGAAAGGUAGUUGAUCGCAAUUUCAGGGUUAUUGGGAUUAAUGCUCUCCGAGUUGUAGAUGGUUCGAUAUUCACUGUAUCACUUGGGACCAAUCCCCAGGCUAUUCUUUUGAUGUUUGGACGGUCAGUCUUUGUUGUUUUCUAA